AUGAUGAUUACUUCUUUGGCAUCUAGAUCUGUCUUACUCGUGGCAACUCGUACUCGUACAUUCGCUCAAAGGUCGACUGUGCUGCUGCGGCAUCAAAUUUCUAUAGUAGAGACAGGAAAACUAGUAGAUGACAAUCCAUUACCAUAUGCAAACAAUACUCAAGUAUCAAGUACUCGCAUUCCAUCUCCCAUUCCAUCACAAUCGCCAACAUCAACUCCGAGUGAUCCAAUCCAAUCGACCACAACUCCAAUAUCAACACUCAGUAAUACCACGUCAUCCAGUAAUGUGGCUUCUAGUAAUCCCACGUUGAACGUGCCUGCUACCACUAGUACUACCAGUAAUACAUCGUUGGAACGUCACUUUGAUUCUCAGAGAUACGUGGCCAUGAUGGUCAAGGAAGACUUCACUCCUCAACAGGCUGAAGCAAUCAUCAGUCUCGUCUCUGAAGCCAUACAAGAGAGUCUCAAUGGCGUAACGCGAAACAUGGUGAAAAAGACAUCUCACGAGGAAGCUGUGGCCGAAUCCACCUCCGAAUUCGAGGACUUGCGUAAAGACAUUACCAUAGUCGAAUCAGGAGACAGUACCUCUCUUCGAGUAGAGCUAGAAAAGAUAAAAGCUGAUACAGACAAGCUAAGAACAAUCAUACAAGAAGAAGUAAAUCGUGUCCAUGGGGGCAUAAGGCUGGAUAUCAGUCUUGACAAGAGUAGAGUCAAGACUGAAGCUGAAGUGGUGUCAAAGGACAUUGUUGCUGUCAAUGAACAGAUUGAUUUUGAGAUUAAGAAGCUUACCGAGAGGAUGGGGAAGAUAGACAGUGAUCUGAGGGCUUCAUUGUUUAGCUUCAUGGGAGCGGCCUUUUCAUUCUUUGAAUCAGUAGACAGAUUCAAUCUCGCAACAGACUUCAAACCCGACAUUCUGGUCGCAAUCGGAGGUGGCGGCUUCCUCCCCGCCCGCAUCAUGAGAACCUAUUUAAAACUAGCUUUAAACCGCAACGUCCCCAUCCAAGCUAUCGGGCUAGCUCUCUAUGCAUCCUCUGAAGAAUCGCCGGAUACUGAAUCCCCUCUACCGGAAGUCCAAAAGACACAAUGGCUGGAUUACCAGGUGUCGACGCCCUCUAAUCUGCUGGGAAAGAGUAUAUUGAUUGUCGAUGAGGUGGAUGAUACAAGACGGACGUUGGGAUUUGCUGUGCAAGAGUUGAGGAAGGAUGCUGAUAUGCAGAGGGUCAAGUGGGAGGCUGAUCAUCCUGGUCAGGUUGCGCCUGAUACUCGUAUAGGCGUAUUCGUCCUCCACAACAAGAUGAAAAAGAAAGAAGGCACACUCCCCGAAUAUAUCAUGAACGGAAACUACUUUGCUGCUGAAGAGCAUGAAGAUAUCUGGCUCGCAUAUCCAUGGGACGCUCUAGAUAUCGACGCUCACACCGAAAAGGCCCUUGAAGAAGAAGCUGCUGAUCGAGCUCAACAAAAUGGUGCUGUUGUUGGUAAUGGUAAAAGUGGUAAUGGUGUGUUGAAUGGGAAUGGCAACCAUCAUUAG